UAGGAUAUCAAUGGGUAAAAUCUAACAAAGUUUCUCAUCGUCGUAAUUAGGUUCAUAAUUGCUUAUUAUUAAAGAAUCUGCGUAAAAGUGUGUGGUGUUUGAAAUAACGAGAAGGAAGGAAGAACGGUCUCACUUUUCAUUUGCAUAGCGUUUUCAUAGGUUUAUUAAUGUUGUAUUUAUAGUAGUAAUAAAUAGGAUGCUAUUUUCAUAAUGGAUAAUUUUGCCUCAAAUACAUUGUACAUAUGAAAUUCACCAAGUACUAAAGUACAUUGAAAUACGGUCAUUAUACGAAUUUUUUAGCAAUCUCGCCAACGCCACUUGUACAAAUAUUUAAGUUCUGACGCUGAUAUGUAUUUACAUCUGCCAACCUGAACCAAGUCUUAUAGGAAGUUAUAAGUUGUGCUUCAUAUGUUCAGAAAGUUGGAUUUUUUUUUGUAAUUAGUGUAAAGUAUCUUUUUAAUUAACAAUAAUGAGCAUAAAAAAUAAACCGAGGCCUAAAAUAUUAGAGUGGAAAAAAUGCAUGUUCUCGAAAUAUACGCAUCACUUUCUACGUCUUGAUGUGAUAUGUUUCGUUUUGGUGGCCGUGUUAGCCAUUUAUAUUGGAAAAUGUUACUUAUCUGUAUCCAGUUUUUCAAGCAGUACAAACAAUGGACAGAAACAUUGGCCAAUAGUUCAAGAUUGGGAACAAAUAUUUGAGACACAGGUCCAUGAAAAGUUUUUUGUCUACUCGGCCUUUUAUGAUUAUUUGGGAGGAGACGCAAUAGUUAAAGUUUUGGGAGCAACCACCCCGAAGAUUCAAACAAAGUUUUACUGUCAUUUAUUUGACAACGCAAGGGAACACUAUGAAACGGUUACAUCAACCCUUCAAAUUACCAGACAUGCUAGCAGAGAGCUGCAGAUAAGUCCAGUCACAAUUUUCUGCAAGCUCGCAGGACUAAAGUACUUGCCUUCUUUCGUUUCCUUAUCCCCUGAUCGAGCACUGAGCAGAUCGAGGAUCAAACUUAUCCCAGUGAUUUAUAAUAAACCCAAUGACCUUGAAAGGGGUGAUAAGAACAUUUUGUCAAAGACGAUUGGAUUUGCUGCUUGUGUCCAGCCAACCUAUGAAUAUGACGAUGUCUGGCAAUUUCUCCAGUGGAUCGAGUUCCAAAUGAUUAUGGGAGUGGAACAUUUUACAUUUUAUAACAUCUCGAUUGGGCCUCAAACUUCGUGUCUGAUAAAAAACUACAACAUGAACGCACAAACAGGACCAAUCAUAAAAGUUCUUCCGUGGCAAAAUAUUCGACAAAUUCCAGAGCUCCAUAAUAAUGGUCAAGUCGUUCAAGCUACCGACUGUGCUGCGCGGUUCAAGAAUAAAGCGAAAUUUGUGGUCAUCUUAGACUAUGACGAGUACAUCAUACCAAGACAAAAUUUAUCACAACAAAUCAACAACUACAAUCAACUUGUGCAAUUUUCUCUAGCGAAUUUAGAAUAUAAGGGACAUAUUCCGGUUCAAUUCCAAUUUAGAAGUGGACUGUUUGGUCUUGGAUGGCCGGCGUAUCAAAAUGCUAAAAAAGCUACAAAAGUUGAAGAUAAAAUUACAAAUAAACUUUAUCUUUUAAAGCACGUCACAAGAUUAAAGCACAUCGAACCGUUCAAUUACCGUGCAAAAUUCAUCACGAUGCCAGACUUUGUCACUGAGCCCGGAAUUCACAGCAUGGUUCAUGCCCUUCCAAAAAACGGUAUCGAACUAUUAGUUCCAGAAACUGUGGCGUACGUCCAUCACUACAGGAAGUGCAACUGGGCAGAAGAUUGUGCCGGAAAGGAAACUGAGCAAGACAAAACAGGGCAUGCGUUUAUUCAGCAAUUACUGCCCAGAGUUGUGAAAAGGUAUCAAAGCGUUAAGGACUUGUGUGGGAUUAAAUUAUAGAAGUAGAAGAAAGUUAAAUACAAAAUUAAUUUGAAUAUUAUCAA